GCGUAUUUGCUCAGAGCAGAAACGUUAUCGCCUCUCUCUCUCUCUCUCUCUCUCUCUCUCAGCUCAACACACAAACACAAACGCCGUUGCCAUUUCCUUGGACUCAGUCGCUCUUUGUGUCUCUGUUUCUGCCUGCCCUCUGUUGUUGGGUCUUCAGCAAUGGCUUUCUUGGCGGUUGCGGUGCUCAUCUUGGCCAUCUCCGGCCACUCCAGUGCGGCAUCAUGGUGUGUGUGCAAGUUCGGGCUGAGCGACACGGUCCUGCAGAAGGCGCUGGACUGGGCGUGCGGGAACGGCGCCGACUGCAACCCGAUCAGGCAGAACGGUGUUUGCUACCAGCCCGACUCCGUGAGGACCCACUGCUCCUACGCCGUCAACAGCUACUUCCAGAAAAAGGGCCAAACCACCGGCGCCUGCGACUUCGGCGGAGCUGCUGCGGUAUCUACGACCGAUCCCAGUGCUAAUGGCUGUUCCUACCCUUCUUCUGCUACUUCCAGCACCGGCACCGGUACCCCGACGACUCCUGCCACCGGUACCACAACUCCCCCGGGCACCACUACCAUGGCUCCCCCGGGCACCACCACCACGGCUCCCCCGGGCACCACCACACCGAUCACGACGACUCCAACCACCUCGGGCACUCCCUCCACCACCACCACUACCACAGGCACUACUCCCUACGGCGCAACCCCCACAGGAAUCCUAGGAGCUGGUGGUACUGGGGUCAGCCCCACCGGCAUGAACACCGACAUGAGCCAUGGGGGACUCCGCCUGCUCGGGGACAACUGCUUCCUCGCCGUCUCCUUCCUUGUUUUCUCGUCGGUCGUAGCCCUAAUGCAGCAGCACCUGUUGUACUGAGAAUCUUAGCAUAUGCAUAUGACUAAAUUAAACUAGUAGCUUCUGAUGAACCCUUUAGCGAGAGAGGGAGAGAGAGAGAGGUUACUAUAUUAGAGAUGGGCUGUGCUGAGACUACAAAUUUUUGUGCAUAUGUGUUUGGGUAAUGCUAUGCAUGUGAGUUUUCUUUGCCGUUC